AUGGGGACGCUCCUCCGCCUGAGGUCAGAGGUCAUCUUCCUCCCUGCAGAGGAGACAGACAAGACGGAGGACCGAAGGGACGUGUCUGCAGAUCAGUGUCCUCAGGUGUCCCCGUAUCUUUUGGGCUCCAUGUCGGCCACCAGGAUUUCAUCAUCUGGGAGCAGAGAGCUGCCGGUCUCAUCAACACCUUUCUGCAUUCCUCAGGGCAGCUGGUGGGCAGCAGGAGCUGAAUUUGAGUCUGGAGUAGAAACUGAAUCAGAAUCAGGAGACGAAUCUGAAUCUGGAGCCAAAUCUGAAUCAGGAGCCGAAUCUGGAGCUGAAUCAGAAUCAGGAGCCAAUUCUGGAGCUGAAUCUCAAGCUGAAUCUGAAUCUGGAGCUGAAUCAGGAGCCACAUUUGAGUCUGGAGCCGAAUCAGAAUCUGGAGCCGAAUCUGAAUCAGAAUCAGGAGAUGAAUGUGAAUCUGGAGCCAAAUUUGAGUCUGGAGUCGAAUCUGAAUCUGAAUCAGGAGCCGAAUCUGAAUCUGAAUCAGGAGCCGAAUCUGGAGCUGAAUCAGAAUCAGGAGCCGAUUCUGGAGCUGAAUCUCAAUCUGAAUCUGGAGCUGAAUCAGAAUCAGAAUCAGAAUCAGGAGCCAAUUCUGGAGCUGAAUCUCAAGCUGAAUCUGAAUCUGGAGCUGAAUCAGGAGCCACAUUUGAGUCUGGAGCCGAAUCAGAAUCUGGAGCCGAAUCUGAAUCAGAAUCAGGAGAUGAAUGUGAAUCUGGAGCCAAAUUUGAGUCUGGAGUCGAAUCUGAAUCUGAAUCAGGAGACGAAUCUGAAUCUGGAGCCAAAUCUGAAUCAGGAGCCGAAUCUGAAUCUGAAUCAGAAUCAGGAGAUGAAUAUGAAUCUGGAGCCAAAUUUGAGUCUGGAGUCGAAUCUGAAUCAGAAUCAGGAGCCGAUUCUGGAGCUGAAUCUCAAUCUGAAUCUGGAGCUGAAUCAGAAUCAGAAUCAGGAGACGAAUAUGAAUCUGGAGCCAAAUUUGAGUCUGGAGUCAAAUCUGAAUCAGAAUCAGGAGCUGAAUCUGAAUCUGGAGCCAAAUCUGAGUCUGGAGUUGAAUCUGAAUCAGAAUCAGGAGACGAAUCUGAAUCUGGAGCCAAAUCUGAAUCUGGAGCCGAAUCUGAAUCAGAAUCAGGAGAUGAAUAUGAAUCUGGAGCUGAAUCAGAAUCAGGAGCCGAUUCUAGAGCUGAAUCUCAAUCUGAAUCUGGAGCUGAAUCAGAAUCAGAAUCAGAAUCAGGAGACGAAUCAGAAUCUGGAGCUGAAUCUGGAUCAGAAUCAGGAGACGAAUCUGAAUCUGGAGCCGCAUCUGAAUCAGAAUCUGGAGCCGAAUCUGAAUCAGAAUCAGGAGAUGAAUAUGAAUCUGGAGCCAAAUUUGAGUCUGGAGUCGAAUCUGAAUCAGAAUCAGGAGAUGAAUCUGAAUCUGGAACAGAAUCAGAAUCUGGAGCCAGAUUUGAGUCUGGAACCGAAUCUGAAUCAGAAUCUCUAGCCGAAUCAGAAUCAGGAGCUGAUUCUCGAGCUGAAUCUGAAUCUUAAGCUAAAUCUGAAUCAGG